AUGUAUUUAAUACUAUUGGUGGUAUUAGCCGUAUAUGUCACAUAUAAACUCAUAACAACUGUAUUACCACAUCAUUUACUCAUUCCUAGUCAAAAUUGGCGAGAGAAAAUAUCAUACGUUGUUAAAUAUCCAAAACCAAUUUAUUUAAAAGUUGGAACUAAACGAUCAAGUUAUCGUCGCAGAUUGAUUUUAGCCAGUGAAAAUCCUGCCUUUUAUACUAAUUUUAUCAAUAAUAAAUUGAAAAUAUCACCUAAUGAUUGUGAAAAUGGAGAUGGAUUUCUUAAUGAAAUGAGUAGAAGAGAUAUUGAUGAUCCAAAACGUCGUAUUAUUUAUGGAUUUUUCCAUCCAUAUGCCAAUAAUGGAGGUGGUGGAGAAAGAGUAUUAUGGCAAGCGGUUAAAGCAACAUUAUUAGCUGAUGAUAAGAAUAUUUGUGUCAUUUAUACCACAAAUAUUGAAGCUCAACCAUUAGAUAUUUUAAACAAAGCCAACAAAAAAUUUCAAAUUGAUGGAUUAGAUCAUUCAAGAGUUGUUUUCAUUUAUUUAAGAAAAUUUAAUAAUUUGAUUGAUGGCAAUUAUUGGAAACAUUUUACAUUGAUUGGACAAUUAUUUGGUGGGAUAUUAUUAAGUCUUGAAGCCAUGUAUGAAUUAUCACCCGAUGUAUGGAUUGAUACUAUGGGAUUACCAAGUAGUUAUUUACUUGUUUCUCUUUCAUUGAAAAUACCAAUUCUUGCCUAUACUCAUUUCCCCAUAUUACAAGAAGAUAUGUUUGGUAAAUUAAAAUUCCAAAAACUAAAAGAUUUAUGGAAAUUUAAUAUUAUUAAAUUUAAUGAUUAUUUUGCAUUAGGGAAAUUUAUUUAUUGGUCAAUAUUAUAUUAUUUUUAUGUUUAUUUAGGUUCAAAAGUUAAUAUCGCUUUAGCAAAUGGAAGUUGGACAUUUAAUCAUUUAUCGAAAAUUUGGGUUUUCAAUACUGCUUUAGGUAAUGUUUUAGAUGUAUUAUAUCCCCCAUGUGGUACCGAGUUUUUAAUCAAACAAGCCAAUUUAAAUCAACCUCGAUCUAAUAAAUUAUUAUACUUGGCACAAUUCCGUCCUGAAAAGCGUCAUGCUUUAUUAUUAAAAGAAUAUUCCAAUUUUUUAUCAAAUAAUUUCCCCAAUGUGACUCAAAUCACCAACAAAUUCCCUACAUUAGUAUUUGCCGGAUCUUGUCGAACGGCUGAUGAUACUGCAACUUUGAAAUUUUUACAAGAACAAGUUGCCAAAUUAGAUUUAUCAAGAUUUGUUGAAUUUAGAAUUGAUAUAUCUUAUGAUGAAGUGGUAGAGUUAUUAUCUAGUUGCAAAUUUGGUCUAAACGCCAUGUGGAAUGAACAUUUUGGUAUUGGAGUGGUUGAAUAUAUGGCUAGAGGAUGUACCCCCAUUGUUCAUGCUUCGGCGGGUCCAUUAUUAGAUAUGAUAGGAAGAAAUGACCAACAAGAAAAUUGUUUGAACAAUUGGAAAACUGAUGGUGGAUUUUUCUUUAAAAGUUAUGAUGAUCCUGAUCUUGAUCCCAAUUUACAAAAAAAUACUGAAACUGGUUAUAUUAAAUUUGAAUUAUUUGAUCAAUUUAUUGAUUAUCCUACAUUUGAAACAUUAUUAAAAGAAUUAUAUGUCAAUGACCCUACAAUUAUUGAAGAUUCUAAAUUACUUAAAAUGAGACAAAUCGAUCAAAACAGAGUUGCAGAAAAGUUUUCUAAUAAAGCGUUUAAUAAAAAAUGGAUUGAAUAUAUUAAUGAUUUGAAUACUUUAGAAAAACAGUAUAGAGAAGAGAAACGGACUAAAGUUGAACAAGUUUAUUGA